AGGAACUAUUUUCCCCCUCUCCGACUGAGUGAGCCGUCUUUCUUAUAGUAGACGAUCUUUGAGACAAACAUGGCAGCGCGCGUGUGAAUGUCAUGCCAUCCUGUUACAUUGCCUGAAUCGAUUCGUGUUCGGGUUUUAUCUGUUAUUUUCUGAAGCUGACAUGUAACUAAACUCUUGCAUUCAUUCACCUCUCACAGUUCAGAAUCGGAAAGUCUUACUUGAGUCGUUAACUGACCACCUUUCUACGUUAGCAUCGGUGCUAAGCAGAGGGAAACUUCUUACAACUGGCGAUGGAUCCUGACCAACAACUGAGAAAUGUAAGUCACUUUCUUCUGCAGUAACAUCUACAGUGAAGUUAUCUGCAAAUAAUCAUGUUUUUGAUGGAGUUUGUCUCUUUCAGCUGAAGGAUUUCCUCUUGGUUUACAACCGUAUGACUGAAAUCUGCUUCCAACGAUGCACCAGCAACUUCAACUACAGGAAUCUCACCAUGGACGAGGUAACUACACAUCUGUCAGACCAAGAGUAGACUCACCUAUAAACAAAUGAACGUCUUUUACUGAUAACUUUGUGUAUGUUCUAUAAUUCUGGUGAUAUAAUGUUGUGAAACAGAAAUAUUUGGACAUAAAUCUGACUGAAAUGUGCAGGCUCCUGUAUAUUUAUAGUCUCUAUUGUAGAAGGGAUCUCUUGCCUGGGGGGUGGUUUACAGUUAGACAUGACCAGAGAAUAAGUCAGGGCUUAUUCAGGGGCUAUAGGUUACAUUUAAGUUUCUUCUCAAUUGAUCCCAUGGACUUUGUAUGGUGUUGAGUUCAAGGCUCUCUACCGGUUGGUGUCUUGGCUGUAUGUAUUGCAGAAACUCUCAGGUUGUUAUGGAGCUCUGCUUAGGGUCAAACACACCGUAACACCGAGUUAGACACUCCCUCGAGAGAUGAAUGUUGCUGACUGCUUGCUUCUCUAGAUAUACCAACUUUAGUCAUGAUCGCACCAUAGCAAUACACAGUGGUCUGAGGAGCAAUAAACAAACCUCAACCAAAAAGCCACUCUAUAGCCACAAAUAAUGCUCAGAACAGCACCUAACUUCAUCAACAGUACAUAUAGGGUUCUAGCCACAGCACUAGCCACCAAACAUCUUUUUAGCUUUGUCUUAUUUCUUUAGCAAAGAGACUAAACACAACUCACCUACUCUCUUCCAGCAGCCGCUUGUUUGUACGGAGACCUCUGGUGAGUCCAUCACUAACUGCAGCGGGGUGACACAGCUCAAGGAAGAACAUUUAUGAUCAUUUCUUUAUGGAAACGCUAAGGCAGAGGAACUACCGCAUCUGCAGUGCAAAAUGAUUGAUAUGGUGAUUAUUACUUCAAGUAAAUGAUAAAGAAAUUAUCAUAAAUGUUCUUCCUUGAGCUGCGUCACCCCGCUGUCAUCUAUAAUGGACUGGCCGAGGUCUCGCUACAAACAAGCAGCUGCUGGAAGAGAGUCGGUGAGUUGUGUUUAGUCUCUGUGCUAAAAAAAUUAGGCAAAGUUAAAAAGAUGUUUGGUAGCUGAUACUAUGACUAGGACCCAAUAUGUACUGUUGAUGAAGUUAGGUGCUGUUCUGAGCAUUAUUUGUGGUUGAAGAGUGGCGUUUUGGUUGAAGUUUGUUGAUGGCUCAUCAGACCACUGUGUAUUGCUGUUGUUCGGUCGUUACUAAAGUUGGUAUAACUAGAGAAGCAAGCGGUUGGCAACAUUCAUUAUGUCUGACUCGGUGUUACGGUUUGUUUGACCCUAAAUUAAUUUUACGCCGGAAUAUCCCUUUAACUUUUUGAGGACAAAUGUCACCCUAAUCAUCACUCAAUACCUCUAAUUGCUGUCCCUGUUUAGGAGCGCUGUGUGGACAGCUGUGCGGGAAAGCUGAUUCGCUCCAACCAUCGCCUGAUGAACACCUAUGUGCAGCUGAUGCCCCGGAUGGUGCAGCGACGGAUGGAGGAGAUGGAGAGUAAGGCUGCUGAGUAUGCCAAGGCAGCAGAGGCGACUGCUUCGUCGUCUGUAACUCCUCCUGCCACAGAAGCCUCACCAGAGCUUCAAGCCCCUAUCCUCUCAUCUCCACCACAACAAGUAUUCCCACCAACUGAAGUCCAACCAGAAGCUUUUGGCUCAAUCUUAACACCAGCAGAGUCAGAUAUUUCAGCUGGUCUCAAUGCUGUCAUGCCUGCAUCCUCAGCAGCAGCAGAAGUCCAAUUAUCAGCUGCUACACCACUCACACCUGUGACUGAAGCAGUAAAUCUUCCAGUAGUUAAUGAAGCUGUUAAUGGACUGUCUAUCACAGCAAGCUUCCCUCCACCCCCUAUAGUUGGUACUCAGAUUCAGUCUGAGAGCUCGACACCUGCAUUUGUUCCAUCUGAAUCAACAUCUUUAUCAGUAGACAUGCCUGUGUCAACAGUAGCUGCCCCUCCAGUGUCUUUAUCCCCAGAGAGUAAACCACUGCCAGUCCAAAAGAAAGCACCAGAGGUUCCACCACCACCAUCAUCAUCAGGGCAAUAAUAACACCCUCUCUGGAUCUGUCUUAGGUGGUGAGACCCUGUUCAGGCCCUGACUUCAAGCAUAAUGGACCAACAUCUGCCAUGUAAUGCACUGUCAUUAGUUCAUAACUGUAUUCCCUGUAUUAUCACAGUAUUUUACAGUUUCUCUCAAAGAAUGAAGUUAUAGGAGUAACAUGAAAUAUACAGAAAAAUUAACUGAAACUUUUGUUCAUGAUAUAUCAUACAGGAUUAAGUCUCAAAUAUGAAUAUGUGCAGCCUCUGUUUUUUUUUAUUUUAUUUUAUUUUGUUUUUUAUAUUUUAAAUGAAAAAUUGAGGUUGUUUACUGUUGUUUUAAAAAAGUAAGUUGAAAACCUCAUAUUAGAAUCUAUUAUGGUCACAGAAAUAAGGUGAUUAAGUAUUAUAAUGACAAUAAAAAAAUCUUAACUAACUUUUUUAAAUGUUCCUUAUUGUAAUGGCUCCAUUAACAACCUCAUGUAGACUUAAAGGGUCUCCUACUGCAGAAUAAUCUAACUAAAGUGGUUAGUUGAGAUUUGGGUCUUAUCAUGUCCUUAAAUACAAUAUGCUCUUAAGUCAGCAGCAAAACCAUGAACAGAAAUCCUGAAAUCCUUUUCUCCACAGUGUUCUUGUUGAACCGCUGAAGUUCAUAUCUAGUUCAAACUAAUUCUGCUCCUGUUUGCGGUGCUUUGUCACAGGAAAGUCAGGAUUGUUUGGCCACCAGACCCCUGAAGUGUUCCACAUGACCCACAGGUAGAAAAAAAAGUGGUUAUUUCGCUACACUAAAAUAAAAAAAAAAUCAUUCCCACCACAUUUUACAUUGUCCAGCACAGUUCAUGCAGGGGGUUAAAACAAGCAUACAUAAUCACCUCACAGGCUGCAAACAGAUGUAUGCUCAUCAUAAAACCACUUACAUAAUCAUAAACAUAAGCUCGUGGCCAAACUGCACCCCAGUUGAUAUAACAACCGAUCUGUUGCACUUAUCAAACAACAAGCUUUGUAAACUGUCGAUUUCAGCAACACCUUUAAAAUUAGGGAUCAUCUAAACUUUUCAAAAUGCAAAAAUCUGAGACCCUGGUGAUUGGUUAUUUUCUCUCAAAAGGUAGCAUUUUUAAAUUAAGUACCUUGUGCCUACCUUCAUUAAAAAAAAUAAAGAUAUAACUAUAGAUAGCCCCUUUGAAGGACCCUUUCCUUCAUUUCUGCCCUGGGUAGUUGGUCCCUUUUCCCCCUGCCAUGUUGCCCACAGCUCUAAUGAUAUUAAGCCUUAGCUAAUGCAUAAUCAAUCAUAAAUCUCUCCUCUCCAUACAGCCCUGGCAGUCUUUUUUUCCAGGCUAUUGAAGAAACAAUGAUAUGAGUCAUUAAGGAACAUCAUAAUGAUCAUCUAUUAAAAUGUACUUGUGCAAUGCCCGUGGUGUGGUAUUUGUUUCAGAGACGCUUCCGCAAUCCUGAUGGAUUACAAAUAAAGAAGACGUAAGCUUGAUGACCAUGGA